AUGGCGACCACCUCGAAUAUGUUCCUCUACUCCCUAACGGUGCAGCCUCCCAGCAACGUCGUCCAGGCGGUGCUUGGCCAGUUCGCCGGCACCAAGGAGCAGCUUAUAAUCACCGGAGCUGGCUCUCGUCUGACCCUCCUCCGUCCUGAUCCUCAGCAAGGAAAGGUUGUUACCCUUCUUUCACAUGAUGUUUUUGGCAUCAUCCGUUCCCUCGCCGCCUUUCGCCUAGCUGGCAGCAAUAAGGACUACCUAGUCAUCGCCACAGACUCUGGUCGCAUCACCAUUGUCGAGUAUCAGCCUGCUCAGAACCGCUUCCACCGCUUGCAUCUCGAGACGUUUGGCAAGUCGGGUAUUCGCAGAGUAAUACCUGGCGAGUAUCUCGCCUGUGAUCCCAAGGGUCGUGCGUGCUUGAUCGCGUCGGUGGAGAAAAACAAGCUCGUAUACGUCUUGAACAGGAAUUCACAGGCUGAGCUCACCAUCUCCUCUCCCCUCGAAGCUCACAAGCCUGGCGUUCUCGUUAUAUCAAUGGUCGCUCUGGAUGUCGGCUACGCCAACCCCGUCUUCGCUGCCCUCGAGAUUGACUACUCCGAGGUGGACCAGGACUCUACAGGCACCGCCAUGGAGGAACUCGAGACCCAACUUGUCUACUACGAACUGGACCUUGGAUUGAAUCACGUCGUUCGAAAGUGGUCAGAGCCUGUCGACCCGACAGCAUCGAUGCUUUUCCAGGUGCCUGGUGGCCAUGACGGGCCUAGCGGUGUCCUGGUCUGCGGUGAAGAGAGCAUCACAUACCGUCACUCCAAUCAAGAGGCCUUCCGAGUGCCGAUUCCGCGACGCAGAGGUGCCACGGAAGACCCUUCGAGGAAGCGCACAAUCGUCUCUGGUGUCAUGCACAAGCUCAAGGGGAGCGCUGGCGCAUUCUUCUUCCUCCUUCAGACCGAGGACGGUGAUCUAUUCAAGGUCACCAUUGAUAUGGUGGAAGAUGAGGAAGGAAAUCCAACGGGAGAUGUUCAGCGCCUCAAGGUCAAGUACUUUGACACGGUUCCUGUCGCCUCGAGUCUCUGUAUCCUGAAGAGUGGUUUCCUCUAUGUCGCCAGCCAGUUUGGCAACUACGCCUUCUACCAGUUUGAGAAGCUGGGCGACGACGAUGAAGAGGUGGAGUUCGUCAGCGACGAUUAUCCCACAGACCCACAGGCUUCGUACGAACCUGCCUACUUUCAUCCCCGUCUAGCAGAGAACCUGGCGUUGGUGGACAGCAUCCCAGCCAUGAACCCUCUGUUAGACUGCAAGGUUGCCAAUGUCACAGGCGAGGAUGCCCCCCAGGUCUUUACAGUCUGCGGUAAUGGUGCCCGGAGCACCUUCAGAAUGCUCAAGCACGGUCUCGAGGUAAACGAGAUUGUGGCCUCCGAGCUUCCAGGUAUCCCCUCAGCGGUGUGGACGCUUAAGCUGAGCCGAGAAGACCAGUACGACGCCUACAUCGUCCUGUCCUUCUCCAACGGGACGCUGGUCCUCAGCAUCGGCGAGACUGUCGAGGAAGUAAGCGACUCUGGCUUCCUCACCAGCGUUCCCACCCUGGCGGCGCAGCUGCUGGGGGACAGCGGCCUCAUCCAGGUCCACUCCAAGGGCAUCCGGCACAUCCAAAAGGGGCACAUUAAUGAAUGGGCUGCUCCACAACACAGGUCUAUCGUGGCCGCCUCCACCAACUCUCACCAAGUUGCCAUUGCCCUCAGCUCUGGUGAGAUCGUCUACUUCGAGAUGGACUCGGACGGGUCGCUGGCCGAGUACGACGAGAAGAAGGAGAUGUCUGGCACAGUCACCUGUCUCAGCCUGGGUGAAGUCCCCGAAGGCAGGUUACGAAGCUCGUUCCUCGCUGUCGGGUGCGAUGACUGCACAGUCCGUAUCCUCAGCCUCGACCCUGACUCUACCCUCGAAAGCAAGUCAGUCCAGGCCCUGACGGCGGCUCCUACAUCCCUGGCAAUCAUUGCCAUGGAGGACUCGUCGUCUGGCGGCUCGACACUCUACCUCCACAUCGGCCUUCACUCAGGGGUGUAUCUGCGAACGGUUCUUGACGAGGUCACUGGUGAGCUGACUGACACACGGCAAAAAUUCCUGGGGCCCAAAGGCGUCAGACUGUUCCAGGUCACCGUGCAAGGCCGAACCUGUGUCCUCGGCCUCAGCUCUCGCCCAUGGCUCGGAUACUCGGACCCCAUCACCAAGAGCUUUGUCGUCACGCCGCUAAACUACGUUGACCUGGAGUGGUCCUGGAACUUCAGCAGCGAGCAGUGUGAGGAGGGUGUCGUCGGUAUCCAAGGACAAUCUCUCAGGAUCUUUUCCAUCGACCGACUGGGCGACAACCUCAUUCAAACUUCUGCCCGGUUGACAUACACCCCCAAGAAGCUGGUCAAGAACCCUGACCAGCCAUACUUCUAUACCAUAGAGGCGGACAACAAUGUCCUGCCUCCCGAUCUGCGAGAAAAACUCCUGAGCGACUCGGGAGCCGUCAAUGGUGAUGCCAAGGUUCUGCCCCCCGAGGAUUUUGGAUACCCCCGGGCAAAUCGUCGCUGGGCAUCCUGCAUCAGCGUCAUCGACCCGACAGGCGAGACACCGGAAGUGACACAGACGAUCCACUUCGAGAAUAACGAGGCAGCUGUCAGCGCCACCGUUGCGCCGUUUGUCAGCCAAGACGGCGAGAACUUCCUGAUUGUCGGUACGGGCAGAGACAUGGUGGUGAACCCCCGCAGCUUUUCCGAGGGUUACUUGUACGUCUACCGCUUCCAGGAAGACGGCAGGGAGCUUGAGUUCAUCCACAAGACCAAGAUCGAGGAACCACCGCACGCGCUACUGGCCUUCCAGGGGAAGCUCCUGGUCGGUAUCGGCAAGACGUUGCGGCUGUACGAUCUCGGCCUGAGGCAGAUGCUUCGCAAGGCGCAGGCCGAGGUGGCGCCGCAGCAGAUUAUGACUCUCAACACGCAGGGCAACCGCAUCGUGGUGGGCGACGUACAGCAGGGCAUAACGUACGUGGUGUACAAGCCUGCGACCAACAAGCUGAUUCCCUUCGUAGACGACACGAUUGCUCGCUGGACGACGUGCUCCACCAUGGUGGACUACGAGUCGGUGGCGGGCGGCGACAAAUUCGGUAACAUGUUUAUUGUACGGUGCCCGCCCAAGGCAAGCGAGGAGGCAGACGAGGAACCCAGUGGGCUGCACCUGACCAACGCGCGCGGCUACCUUCACGGCACGGCGCACCGGUCGAGCCUCAUGUGCCACUUUUACACACAGGACAUUCCCACCAGCAUCGCAAAGACAAGCCUUGUCGUCGGUGGCCAAGACAUCCUGCUGUGGACCGGGCUCAUGGGCACUAUUGGUGUCUUCAUUCCUUUUGUCAGCCGCGAGGACACGGACUUCUUCCAGAACCUCGAGCAGCACCUACGCACUGAGGAUCCGCCCCUGGCCGGAAGAGAUCACCUCAUCUACCGUGGCUACUAUGCUCCCGUAAAGGGUGUAAUCGACGGCGACCUGUGCGAGAGGUAUACCCUGCUGCCGACGGAGAAGAAGCAGAUGAUUGCCGGUGAGCUGGAUCGCUCGGUGCGCGAAAUCGAGCGGAAGAUUUCGGAUAUCCGGACGAGGUCUGCAUUUUAA